AUGGAUUCCGCUGCCUCCAGCCCACGACCAACCAUUCCCCCAAGCCAAAGGAGAAGUUCACUCCUUGAGCUUUCCAAAAUGCUCCGGGAGCUGGCCGAGAUGCAGGUCAAGCCAGAAACGGAGGAUGUAGAGAGCGUGCCCGAGUUUCGCGACCUUAUUCAUCAGCUCUGCCAAGAGGAACCAGCCGUUGCGCAAGCUAUCGCUGCAGCAAUACGAGAAAACAUUCCAGACCCGUCUCCUCGCUUACCCUUGAAUCGAAAACGCGGACAGGAUCCGUCUUAUCGGCCGAGUCACGCGGUGCGAUCAGUUCCAAGGAAGAGGCAAUGUACCGACGAAGAAAAGGUUGUCGAUGAGCCCAUGACUCCAGAGAGUCGAAUUCUCGAGAGCGAAAGUCCGGAAACCGGAGAUGUUAUGAUCCGUGUUGACACCGCUGGACUCAGGCCCGUGCCUAAGCGUGAGAGCAAACCAGACAUUCAGUCAACGACGCUUGCCAUGGAUAAAGAGACAGCCGCCAAAAGCAACCACAGCAUAAUACCAAUAAACACCACUAUGCAGCGAACAGAGUCGUCACCCGUGUCCGAACAGGAUCCCGCCGAGUCCUUCCUGGAUACGGUCCACCAGAUAGUCGACAUCGUCCACCUGCUCAACAAACAUCAAACUGAUCUACCACGCACCGUUCAUCGAAAGAUCCUGCAAAGUCUUCACACCGCCCAGGAACCGAUCAUGAACUCAACUGCCCAUCAAUGGUCGGACGGGAGGAUGUGGAUGGAGGUGCUGGAGAGGGGGUCUGCCACAAAUCGGCGGUGUUCCGUACUCAACAUGCUGGAAUAUAUGGGCGCCUCGAAGUGGUACGACAGUCAGAUCGAAUAUGCCAAGCGCACAGUCUAUACCACCGAGAACAAACCUGUGGGUGAGAAGGGAGCGGCAACAUAUGUGCUGGACCGCAUCACCCGGGAGCAUAGCUUGCUGAGUAGAAAGACCAUUACCAACCAGUGCUCCAGGGGGAAGAGAUUACGCGAGCUUGUCGAAAAGGUCGGGCUAGGGAUUCUGAUUAGCCCCAAGAUUUGGGAGUAUACAAAGAGAAAGGGACCUCAGUUCAACCAGCUAGUCCACGACUUCAUAGCAGAUACACAACGAUUGGCACUGUUUCGAAUCCUUACUCCACAGGUGGAACAACUGGUCCACAAAGGCUGCACAGAUCCGGAAGCGUUGUACGGAGCUUUGAGAGAGAGCAAUAUCAUCUCUGUGGACGAAUUGCAAGAGAUAAAAGCAAAACAUCAAUCAGAAUCUGGCUCUACUUCUGCACUCACAUUAAAUAAGGCAGUAGACCGACUCACCAGUCAGGUCAGCACUCAAGUGUUCAAUAAGCGAAAACUGGAUGCAAAUGACACGGUUUCAAUCAAUGGAAGUGCAGAGCUCUCGAUCGAUUUAUUCACGCGACUCCGGGCAGGGGAGUGGCUCGAUUCUUGGGCCCUCAUGGCAGCCAUGCAUAUCUCAGACCGGCCAGAUUAUGUCAGAUUCGGCGAGAGUAUUCCAUUAGACAGCAUCGGAAGACACGGCCAGAUGCGAUCAACCAAGCGGCCUUUUCAGGCUUGGGUGAAAAAGAUCACGAUGUUCCGUAGAGAAGCACAAGAUACCACGCCUCUCAUAUUCUACUGUCCCAUCAACCACAACAAUUCACAUUUUACGCUGCUUGAGGUCAACGACGGUGAAAAAGCCAUUCGACAUUACGAUUCACAAGCACCACUGACCGCUAGAAAUGGCACAAAGAAGACAAGGGUUGCGGCUCUGGUCGAGGACGAAUUCAGUGAUCUAGGAUACACAUAUAUUGAAGCGCCGACACCGCAGCAGCGUGAUGGCUGGAGUUGUGGCACACGAGUGGUCUGGAACUUCAGACGACUAGCCAACGGAAUUGAAAUUGGAUCAUGGGAUACCGUGCUGAGCUCGGAGGAUAUGAACAUGGAUAUUGUAAGCGGGCUUGCGGCUUGUGUUGAGUCGAACGUCGUGCGAAAGUAUAGCCGAAACCAUAAACGCGAAAUGAAUAUGUUAGUUACCUAA